GGCGCCCGCAUAGUUUGUACUAGUUAUCAUUGCUCGCUAGAGAAUAUUGAAUUAAAAUGGAUGAGCCCGAUUAUACCAUACGAUUGGCUCAAACAGAGCCGUCAGAGCCAGAUUUUAGAGAAGCAUUCGACACUGCAGUUGAGGAACACAAUGAAACACAUCAAGGUUCUCAGAAAAGGCCUUGGACUCAAGCUAGAAUCGACGAGGUUGUAAAUGAGAUCAAAAACGGUAUGGACACCUUUCAUUCGGGCCUAAGAAGGACAGCCAUGGAAUAUUACUGGAUGAACAAGUACGAAGUUAUAACGGUCGAGGGCGAAGACCAAUUAAUAUUUAAAAGAUCGUCUCCAGAAGAGACAGUAAUCCGAAUUUUGCCUAGAGAACAGUACUACGAUUUCUUGUCAGAAAUACAUAGAUCUUCUGAGCACGGCGGCAGAGAUAAAAUGCUUCAUUGCAUAAAAACUAAAUAUUAUAUUCCAAAAAGAGCUGUCGAAUUAUUCGUUUCUUUAUGUCCUAAAUGCCAUACAAAAAGAAAUUCUAUAAAUAAAGAUGUUUUAGCGCGGCAAAAUUACGCGCUGAAAUUCAACAUAAGGGGACUACUUGAUCUGAUUGACUACCAAAUCUGUCCUGAUGGGGAUUACCAGUUCGUUCUCAAUUACCAGGAUGACGCCACAAAGUUCUUACAUCUACGGCCUUUAAAAACAAAUGAAACUUCAGAAGUACUGAUUGAAUUAAUGAAGAUAUUUUUGACGUUUGGCGCGCCAACUAUUCUGCAAGUGGACAAUCGACACGACUUUGCGGAGAAGUUAAAAGAAGAAAUAACGAGUGUUUGGCCGGAGUGUAGAAUUGUUCACAAAAAUACGUUGGCGAAAGGAAAUAAUAGAGAAGUGGAGGAAUUAUUACAUUCUUGGAUGUUACAGACUAAUUCUACAAGAUGGUCUGUCGGCUGUUUUAUCGUACAGUUUGAAACGAAUGAUUCCAAUCAUCGGGCUUUAGGGAAAACUCCAUACAAGAGUUUAUUUGGGUGUGAUCCUAAAGUUAGUUUGAGCGUUUCCAAUCCUGCAGCUUUAUUAUCUCCUGAAGGUAGUUUAAAAGUCGAGCCAAAAGUUGAAUCUUCCGAUGAUGUUCCAGGCUUAAGUUCGGAUGAAGAAACUUAAUUUGUAUUUUUUAAAUUUAAUUUAGACUUAAGAAUAGCAUAUUCUGUUUGAAUAGUUGUAUCAUUAAAAUAAAUCAAACAAUUA